GGUUGAUAUAUAUUGAACACGAGAACAUCCGAGUUGGUCCGAAGUAGCUGAUACGGGGCAUUUCGGAGCAACAUGGCGCCCAUCGGAGAAAAGGAUGACAGGAUGGGCACGUCGGUUGGGGAUGAUGGCUCAACAGAUGACUCUCAAAAUUUGUGGGCCCAUAUUUUGAGUGAGGUUCAGUCCAGCUCAGCCUCCAAGCUAUCAACAUCUAGAUCAGUAUUAGUGUUAGGUGAGAAUGACUCCGGCAAGACCACGUUGAUAGCCAAUCUUCAGGGUGUGGAAGAACCCAAGAAAGGCUCCGGCCUGGAGUACUAUUACAUUGAUGUCAAAGAUGAAUAUAGAGAUGAACAAGCCAGGCUGAACGUGUGGUGCCUGGAUGGGGACCCGAGCCACACCGGACUCCUGAAGUACGCCCUGACGGAGCAGAACUUUUCCGACACGCUGGUGUUGCUGGUGGCCAGUAUGACACACCCCUGGUCUCUCAUGGAGGCCCUGGAGAAGUGGGUCUCCAUCCUGCGAGAACACAUCGACAGACUGAAGAUACCCUCAGAGAAGAUGAGGGACUAUGAACAAAGCUUGGUUCGGUUCUUCCAGGAGUACAGCGCCCCGGAGGAGGGUCAUUCCACAUCAGCCCCACACCGGGGGGACAGCAACCCCCUCCACCCCUCCGCCUCCGCCACAGACGAGGAGAAGGUCCUCCUCCCACUCGGGGAAAGCACGCUAUCACAGAACCUAGGAAUUCCAAUAGUAGUAGUUAUAACUAAGAGUGACGCAAUCUCAACAUUGGAAAAGGAACAUGACUUCCGAGAAGAACAUUUCGAUUUCAUUCAACAGCAUAUUAGGAAGUUCUGUCUAAGUUAUGGUGCAUCGUUGUUAUACUCAUCAGUGAAGGAAGACCGGAACUGUGAAUUAUUGUACAAAUAUUUAGUACACAGAGUAUAUGGAUUCCCCUUCACAUCUCAAGCCUAUGUAGUGGAGAAGGACAGUGUCUUUGUACCAUCAGGUUGGGAUAAUGAGAAGAAAAUUAGCAUAUUAUAUGAAAAUAUGAGUAGCAUGAAGCCAGAAGAUGCAUUUGAUGAUGUCAUAGCCAAACCAGUCACGAGAAAGCCGGUGCAGAGAGACGCGGAGAUCACGGCGGAAGAUGAGCAGGUGUUCCUGAUGAAACAACAGACACAACUGAGCAAACAGCCGCAGCCCGGGACACAGGGGCCAGCAGAGGGCACCCCCCAGAGGAUGCAGCGUCCCCAGGUACAGCGGACCCCCGAGAGACAAGGGUCGUCGCCAUCCACGCCCGGCCGUGGCAAGAGCCCCAAAAAGGGGGAGGGCAAGGCACCAGCCGGAGCCACCAGCGAGGGGAUGCUGGCCAACUUUUUCAACAGUUUACUCAACAAGAAGACCGGCCAGCCCGGUGGCGGUGGUACGGGAACAGGUACGCCUCCAGUCUCAGAUAGAGUCUCGCGUGAUGCAGCGGCGGAGUUGGAGCGGAUGACGAGGGGGAAGAAGCCAGCGGAGACCAAUUCAAAUGACACAAGUGCCUCGGGAUCCUGAUUGUUGACAGACUGACUAUAUUUGGUUCCACCAUGACCGGGCAACGUAGAUGGUUUGUGUUGUCAAUCUGUGUCUCUCGUUCUCUGCCCAGUUGCUGCAAUAUCGGCUUCUCUCAUAACUGCUGCGGACACAGAUAAACAGCGUCGCCACGGACCACACAGAUCUUUGUUAUUUAUGGGCAAAGCAAAUCUACCUUGGAACCUAAGUUUGCCUCAGUCUUGUGUUAAAUGAAUGUAUUAUUAUAUGUGUACAAAAACAUAUUUCCUUGAAAUUAAAAAUUGAAGAUAUCUUGAUACUUUAAGUAAGUCCUGCUUACUGUCUACCAUUGCAAUGAUUGACUGUACAUAAAAGAUGGAUGGUGCCGUGUAUGUAUAGAUAGAUAAUCCUUUGUUACGUCCUAUUUAAGUUAUUGUGCUACAAACAAAUCAUGUAUUACACAUCCCUGACUUGGAGACCAUCAUAAGACCCCUAGUGCUAAUACUCAGUGACGAACUCAGAGAUGUGAUGGGGAGGUAGAAUGCUAUUCCAGAUACUUUUACCAAUAGGACACAGCGUAUUAUAAAGUUGGUCGACACUGUGAAGAUAAAGGAGACGGUGGCUGACAUAUUAUCAUUAUGAGUAUAAUGCCAGUGUUGUUGUUGUAUUGGCUUAUUUAUUAUCCAGUUUACAAAUUACAGAGGAUACAUCCAUGACAAUUAUCUCAUUUUAACCAUGUCUUAUGAGUAACUAUGGUAACCUCCUUCCGCUCAAUUGGUACAGCUCACAUAUUCUGCUUCUCUCAACGUCCCAUAGCAUCACAAGACAGACCUUGUCAUCUCCUGAAUAUUAUUGAGCACCAGACAGACUAACAAACAUGCUGUUAUCAGAUGUGUAAUCUCUUUUCACUUCUUUCACAGAAAUGAUGUUUUCUGUCAUAUUUUUGCUUGGCCUGGAUAACUUAAGUAAUAUGAAUUCAUCUCUUCAUUGAGUAACCUAUUCCAGUAAAAUAUUUGCUUCUCAUGAACAAACUACUAACAGGUCCUGUUCAGGCUGGUCCCACCCUACCCUGCUCUGCCCCGCCCACCCUGACCCACCUACUCUGCUGCUCUGCAUACUCUGCUCCGCCCACUCUGCCCCGACCUCUCUGCCCCGCCCACUCUGACCUACCCUGCCAGUAAUGGGCCAUGGCCAGUUGUUGGCCAACAGAUGAUGGCAGAGCUUAUUCAAUAUUACUGCCAGCAACUAUAAUUUCAAGAAGCUAUCCUGAGCAAGGCUAGGUGUCUCUGGAAUAUGGUCUGGUCGUCCGAGCUUUCAUUCCAAGUAUUUCUGUACGAAAAUGUUCUUGCAUAAAACAUCUUUUAAGAAUCCACUUAAUCUAUGUAUGCAUACAUCAUGAUUUACUGUGACAAUUGAGUGUGACUUGUGAAGCAGUGUUGAUGACAAACUGGAUUCUCUGAGCCAAUCCCCAGAUCAAUCAUCUCCCCUUAAUUCAGCUUCCCGAAUAAUUUCUACUUAAUUCUUUAUUUGCAUUAAAUUUGUAUUUAAUAUUUAAAUUCUGAAUAUUCCAUCGUAACAGACACGUAAGAGCACCUCACCCUGUACAUUCACCAUAUUAGAGAGACAACAGUGUUGUACUGUUGAAGCGACACAUAUUACCCAAAUAGGCUGCCCAGGCUGCUUGCUUUCUCUCAACCCCUGGGGCUACUGGUUGCUAGGAAACAUCUCCCUCUAGAUGAUGGAAACUGAGAAAACAUAAAUACACACCUUCAUUUACAUAUUACAAGGUUACACACUAGUAUGUUAGGCCAAGACUUGUGAAAUUCCAAUUGAACUGGCUAUUUCACAAAAAACACUUGUCCGAAAUGAACGGCAGAUUGGUUGAUUUGACCAACGGUGUCUACCCCUGUACAUGACAACCAGAGGCUCUUUCUUCUCCACUAUCAACUUGAUAGAUGCCCACCUCUCCCCUCUACUACCCUCACCCCCCACCACCACCCUCACCUCAAACCCCACCCCUCUGCUAUGGUUUUCUUGUGUAUGUAGAUAUAUGUUAAGAUGACAGACGUUGAUCUUUGUCAUGCAUUACUGCACAUGCUCCAGACAUGUGUCACACAUAUUUCCACAGCAAGACAUAUGAAGAAAUAAUCAAUGCAUGAAACGUCCUGUUAAAAAGAUGAUCAGCAGGGACCAUACAUUAUGUGUGAUGAUUAUGUCACUUGUUGUCGGCCUACCAAACAAUAUCCAAAUAAUGCGAUCUAGUCAGGUUGAAGGGGAGAGCAUAAUAAGAGUUACCUCCCUUCUGUGUAGGCAUUGAUACUGAGAGACAAAAGCAAUGGAAAGAAUUUGUGCUAGAGGCGUGUCCCCUGCUUGUCUCCCCUAGUUGAAGGUCAAGGGGGGAAUCAGGGGAACCUUCAUGUGUUCUAUGGAGGGUUUUUUGCGUUUAAGUUGACCUUGCUCUUUAAGACAUUUUUGUAUCUCUAACUUUUGGUUCAGCUUCUUGUGAAUAAAGGUUUGGGGAAUAAUUUCGUUUGAGUUGAGAUUUUUCGAUAGCAAGGUCAACUUUAACUUGUGUAGCAGACUUGUUAAUGAUUCUGAAUAAACAAAUUGACAUUUAAAGGUCAAUAUAGAGAGAUGUGUGUAUUGACAUGGUGUAUGGGUCUCUGAUCGUUUCCCUAGCCUCCAUGCAAGUGUUGUUUUGUUUGAGUCUUGUACAGUCUCUUUAUAGGUGUUCCUUGUUUUGAAUUUGAACAAAUAUAAUACAUGUACAUACAGAUGUGUCAACUAUCUAUAUUUUGCCUCGCUUAUUUACAAAUACUGCCUUUUAAUGGUUAACUUUUGAAACUAAGUGGUAAUAUGACUUAUUCAAGUAACAGCCUGUCAGUACAGUUCUGAUAUAAAUGAUGAUUUUAUGUUCAAUAUGAGAGUGGUAUGGUUUAAGGGAUAACAAGGGUUUAUUGUCAGUCUCGGAUUUCUUGCCAUUUUCCACCAGCUGUGUCUAAUAUCAACCGUUGGUGGAAUAAGAUCAAAGAUCAUGUUCCUUACGUAUUUCCUGUGUAGUUUUGCCUCAUGAAAUGUUAAAAAAAAGUAACAUAAUUGCUUUGUGCUGCCGUAUUCGCCAUAUUAGGGGUUGUGCUAAAAUUGGCACUCACUGACCAAGUUCUAGAUAUUUUGUAAAUAUUCUCUAUGAGCACACCCUACAAAGACUGAGAAUUUACAUGCCAUGGCAUAUUGCUUGUGUAUGUCACAGAGAUUUUUCUUAUUAUUUACAGAAAACGGAACAGGUAUAUAAGUGCUUAGUAACUAGUAUGGAAGGGUUUUUAGAUUCAUUGAUACUGUUCCCAACCGCUCGAUCUCUGGAAGGGCGGUGGGGUAGCCUUGUGAUUAAAGCGUUUGCUCGUCAAGCCGAAUACCGGGGUUCGAUUCCUUUAACGAGUACAAUGUGUUAAGCUCAUUUCUGGUGUCCCUCGCCAUGAUAUUGCUGGAAUAUUGCUAAAAGUGGCGUAAAACAAUACUCUCUCACUCUCACUCGAUCUCUGAAAAUAUAUUUUACUCAUUGUUUUUGGUUUUAAUAAGCACCCGCUUUGUCACUCAUUACGGCACUUAUUACAGUGAAUACGGUAGGCAUAUUUUCACCACAGGACACUACAUUUGAUUGGUGGAGAUUAAGUAUGAUUAUGAUUAUUAUCAUUACUGAAGUUGUCUUUGUCUGGACUAAUCACCAAAUAUUGGCCUGUAACAGUGAGAUUGUGGAUUAUAUGUGCAAUGUUGAAUGAAGCAUUAACAUACUUUUGGAAUUAUUGUACAUAUGUAUUUUUGUCAUAAACUUAAAUUAAUUGGGAUAUUUGCUAUGAUUACUGCACGUUAUUAUUGCCAGAUUUUGCUCCCAUCAGUUUAGAUUGUUUGCACCAGCAAGCAUUGUCUCCCUGCAGCCUACUCCUGGAAAAUGCUUGUCACGAAGUACAACAGAUUGACCCUUUGUCCUGCGGUGAGACGGUUUCGUUGACCCCAUGGCCUAUGAACCUUGACCUAUGAAGCUUAACCAUAGGUCCGCCAAUAUAGAUGGCAUUAUGUGCAAUGUGUAUUUGUAAGUCUUGAGAUGUGUUUAUGACUUUGUUAUGUUCCUGUUUUUGUUGGCUUAUAUUUAGUAUGCAAGACCGAGAUCAACCUGACCACACAUAAAUUUACGGUGCUCAUUUCCAUGGUAACCAACCACGAUGUCACAUACUACUACAUCCUAAGGGUUUCCAGCAAGUUUAUCUGACAGUUGUUAUCUGACCUUUGAUUUUCUAGCAAAACGAUAACCAGUUUGUACAAAUAAGAUUUCUCUUGCUGAUAUUUUGCUGAACACUGUAGAUACAGAACAUGAUGGCACACAAUAGAUACGUCUCAAAGGCUUUUUCAUGAAUAAAUAACCUGAUUUUCGCUCAAGUCUGUAAUCAACAUCGGGCCACACUUUUGUAUUGAAUGGGAUACAGAUUUUUACUGACUAUUUAGCUUCACUUGAUUGGGAGGAGGUGUAAAUUGGGGCUGCUUUGAAAAAAAUACUUCGAUUUGGCAUGAAGUUGUCAGUCUAAUGAGAAAAUAAAAUGCUGAUAUUGUUUAAAGUGCAGAAUGUUUAGUAUUUUUACAAUGUAAAUAUAUUCGCUUCUGAGCAGGAUUUGUCCUCUUUAGAAGACGUUGGCAGUUGCCAGAGACUGAAAACAUUGCAUUUAUUAUUCAAUAAGUAGACAGCUACUCUGAUUUUGUAUUCAUUUUGUAGUUGUUUAUUCUCUUCUCAUCUUCAAUGAUGGGUGGUCAGGCUAAUAAAAAUAUGAAAUAUUUUUGUUUGAUUUUGUGAUUGUAAAUUUUGAGUCCAGUCAGUUGAAUCCGUACAUCAAAAACAAUAUGAAAGUGUCGCCUUUCAUUACUGUAGAACUGCCAUGAAUUGAUAGUGCUCAGUAUAGGUGUUAUAUAAUGAACAGUUUACUAGGUGUUAUGUCAGUAGUCGUAUGGUAAUUUAUUCUCUAUAAUAAUGGGCUUAUAUCAAUUAUGUAUUCCGUAUGGCAUUUAAUUCAGGUAUGAUUAUACUCCAACCUUGCAUGCCCAGCUGCCAAUGAAGGGACUGUUUAGUGAUCCCCAAUCAUGCUGCUAGGUGUAUAACAAAUUAUUCAGCAGUGGUCUUGUCAGGUGUAGAGGAAAGUGAUUCAUCCAGACCUAUUGUGGUUUGUUUACAAUAUUUGGAAUUUCCACAACCAGUAGAUAAGUAUGCAAUCAAAUACAAAUAUUUUUGACUACUGACAUAUAGGAAUUUUGUAAAUAAUUACGAAACAAUAGUCAAGUUGUGCCUUUUCAUUAGAAAGUUUUUUCGUAUUUAAGAUUUUUAAUAGUUGAGUCUGCCCUCCUGUGUCUACUAGAAGCCAUCACUGGGUGUAGACAGGACCUGAUCAAGGGCGGCCUUGGGAAUUUGCUUCAUCUGCUGUGUUUCCUUCGAUGUUUCCAUUAACAUAAUUAAAAACACAGAUAAAUAUUGGAUUUUAUCAGGCAAAACAGUUUCCUUUGAUUUUUUAUAUAUAUUUUUUACAUUUCAAAAUCAUUUCUUGCUUUAAAAAAUGGUUUAAAGACAGUUUUGAAUCCAUUUCUUAUGCCCGCAUUCUCCUGGUUGAAUGUAGAGAGGUGUAGGAGUACAGCUGUUUUCCCCUCACUUCGCGAUGCCUCUGUGAAGCAAUCUGGUCGAUGGUCUUUACUACACCUGGCUCCAGGUACUCCUUCCUGCUGCAUUUAGUACGAUUAUUUAUUGUGAUUUUAUUAUGAUAUAUAUCAUCAGGCGCUAUACUGAUUAAUAGCUGUGAACCGAAUCUUGUGUAUGUGCUUGCUCUAUUUUCUGAAUGGUGGCGAGAACUAGCAGAGUGGUCAUUAGAUUUCCAAAGUCAGGUCAAGUGUUUCUAAGUUGAUAAAUUAAAACCAGCUGAUAAUUUGUUAAAAUGAUGCAUGUCAUACCAGUAUUCCUCUUGUUAAAUCAACAUUGUUAAGUAUGACUUCACUUUGCUAGUGGCAAGUAUUUGUGUGGGCCAUUGUUAGCAAUAACAUGUGCAGCUGCAUGACUGGGUUCAUCUGUUCAGCUGCAAGGCUGGGUUUCACAUGUGCAGCUGCAUGGCUGUGAUUCACAUGUGCAGCUGCAAGGCUGGGUUUCACAUGUGCAGCUGUAAUCCUGGGUCUCACAAUUGCAGCUGUAAUCUUGGGUCUCACAUUUGCAGCUGUAAUCCUGGUUCUCACAUGUGCAGCUGCAAGGCUGGGUUUCACAUGCUGGGUGUGAUCAGUUAAUAGACACAGAACAUGCAGUGAGGUUUGUGUGGUAAUCACAAUAGCUAGACAAGAGGAUCUUGUGAAAGUUAACAACUAGUCUGAUUUGAUUGAUAGCUCAGUACUCAACAUACCCUUUCUACCAUGCUGUGUAUAAUAUUUGUGAUACUGCUUCUGUAAAUGCCCCUUCCCGGCAAGUUCUGACUCUCAGAGUUCUGCGUAGGACUGUAGUUCCAAUGGGAUAGGGAAAUCUUAUGUUUACUUGAAAUAAAACUUAUCAUCGCACA